GAGCCUCAUGUGACAGAGGUAGGUCAGGCUGAGCUGAGAGUCAGAGGGUUUAUUUAACUCGUCGCUCUGUCCUCCCCCACUUUCCCAACGCGCCACCUAAGAGGGUUGCCUUUCUUUCUGCGGAGUGAUCACGGGGUUGAAAUCGCAAGGACUAACUUUCCAAAAACAACCCUUACAUUGGUUAAACUGUUAUUCAAUGAGAAGAAAUUAACAACGACUUUUACUGCUUUUUGAAGCACUUUAGUGCAUUUUACGACCUUGUAUUUUUUUCAAGCGUAAUAAAUGCCAGUCUAUUUGUGACUGCGUUGGAAAAGUACCUCGACUUUGACUGCGUAAUUGGAGUAAAAGAAAAUGGAGCGAAUUCCAAGCGCGCAACCGCCUCCACUGUCCAAACACCAGGCUGAUAUGUCAGACGUGCAAGGGAUGGAUUACCCGAUGUAUGUUUAUAAACCCAGGCGGGGGAUGAAGAGAGGAGAGGAGAGCAAGGAAACCUACAAACUGCCUCACAGACUUAUUGAGAAGAAAAGGCGUGACCGGAUAAAUGAGUGCAUCGCUCAGUUGAAAGAUUUAUUGCCAGAGCACCUGAAACUCACGACUCUGGGCCAUCUGGAGAAGGCUGUGGUUUUAGAGCUGACACUCAAGCAUGUGAAAGCCCUCAACUCUCUUCUCGAGCAACAGCAGCAGAAGAUCCUGGCCCUGCAGAAUGGCAUGCAAAUUGAGCAGCCUACUGUCAGCCAGGAGAAGUCUGAGGAGAUGUUUCGCUCUGGCUUCCACAUGUGUGCCAAGGAGAUUCUUCAGUAUCUGGCCAAUCAUGAGUCUGAAAGAGAUUUCUCACCAUCCCAUGUCAUCAAUCACCUCCACAAGGUAGCCGCAGAGGUGCUGCAAGGCCCAGUCCGACCACGCACUCCUCCCAGCCCUCACCCUGAGGAGGCCCCUGCCUACCACCAGCACCAACCUCACAAAGAGACACCCACCAGCCUCCCACCUAAACCAAGCGAGGGCUACGGGAGGAACUGCGUGCCCGUCAUCCAGCGGGCCUACGCUCCAACCAGCAGUGAGCAGAGUGGCAGUGAUACAGACACAGACAGCGGCUAUGGAGGGGAGCUGGAGAAGGCUGACUCUAAUGCUCAACAGGGUCAUCCAGAUUACUACAGGCAGGAGAGCCAGCUGAAGCGAGCGCUAGAUGAGAGGCAGAGUUCUGGCAUCAAGCGGGAGGAUGACGAGCCACGCCACAAACGACCCCGUGUUGAGUCAUCAGAGGACGAGCUGCUGUCAGGCGGAGAAUCAUCAUCCUCCUCGAGUGGCUACGGAAGCUACAUGAGCGUAUCUCCGAACCAUCCACCACCUCCUCCACAUCCCCUCUGCAUGCCUUUCUACCUCAUUCCACCCUCUGCUGCAGCCUACCUGCCCAUGCUGGAGAAGUGCUGGUACCCCGGAGCAGUGCCCAUGCUCUAUCCUGGGAUGGGAGGAUCUGCAUCCGCCAUGCCCAGCGAAAGGCCACCUCCACCUCAGCUGGUGUUGUCUCCAAGGGGAGGCUCUCCAGCUCCAGCCAUAUCUCAGACCCCCAUGGACUCCCCUGCCCUCCUUCAGGCGCUAAAGCAGGUACCACCCCUCAACCUGGAAACCAAAGACUAAGAGAUAGGAGAACAGGGGUGAAGAGGUGAUCCUGUUCUAGUAUCUAGACAGUAAUAGGACGGAAAACAAGACUGAGCCUUCCCAUAAUCCCUCCUCAUUCCUGCCGUCUGUUCCUCACAAAACAAGAGGACUUGUAGAAAGGUGGAGCGGAGAGGAUGCAAAGCUCUGGUUGAAUGUUUAAAGCUCAGUGGUAUUACACAAUGCAAAUGUAUCUUACAGACUGGACCUUCCCUGCACAAACGCAUAUAGACACAAACAUACAAACAUACAUACACACAAACACACACACACACAAACACACACACACACACACUUGGUUGAAUGUAAAGAAAGUUUUUAGAUGCUGCUGUUAAAGAAUACGCCGAUGACACUGAUGCACUCACUUGUAGCUGUUGCAAGAUACGCCAUCUUUGUACUUUAGAAAGUGUUGCACCAAAUAUUAGAGUUAAUAUGUCACCCAGAGUUUGUCGCCUAUGUCCUGUAGGUCACCAUUAUCAUCACUGAAAGCACCCUUCAAACCAGUACCAUAAAGUUCAAGGGUUUCCUCGUGUGUACAGACAAAAAUAAAGGGUACACCUGAUGCAUGGAUGAAGAAAUGGGCCGCAACAUGACCACACUGAAUGAGAAGUCUUGUUUUUCAUUGACAAAAACAGACGGCUAAGAUGGAUUUUUCUGUAAUUAUUGUUCAUAGACCUCUUGUACAUUUCUAUUUUUGAUACCUGUUCUUGCAGUCUGUCCAUCCAGAGAGAUAGAAAGUGGACAAUUGUACUUGUGUACUCAGAAACUGUGUACAUACUGUAGCACUGUGCUGGACCUGGUCUGCAUACUCAUCAUGCAUCUGUUUCUGCUCAAGUCAAACCUGGUGUUUGUUCUUGCUGUUGCCUUUUACUUGUGAAAAAGCUGAUAAAUCUCAGAUGUUUAUUCUCUGUACUACGUAUGAAUACUGGAGUCAAAGGAGCGAGGUGGAGAGAAGUGAAUGUAAAACAUUUUACCAGAAGACUAGUUUUCUAUAGAAAGAGGUACUUGAGAUUUUAUAUUUUGGGACCUACAUGAAAGAUGUUUGAUGUACAUAUUUUGUCAAUAAAUGUUGGUAUACAUUAUAUAAGUGUAAUAAUAAAGUAUUUUUUUCCCGUGGAAAA